AUGCCGGUUACUCAAUUCUCCGUUCCCGACUCGUACUCCUACCAGAACGGAUUCAACUCGUACUUUGAAUCCGAAGCCAUACCUGGCGCACUGCCCGUCGCCCAGAACUCUCCUCAAAAGCCUCCGUACGGGCUCUAUGCCGAGAAGCUGUCUGGCACUGCCUUCACAGCUCCCCGCCACGAGAACAAACAGACCUGGUUGUAUCGCAUUCUCCCCUCGGCCGCCCAUGCAAACUACCAGCCCAUCUCCCAAGAUACCUAUCACACCUCGCUGAGCAGCGAGAAGAAGCAAACGCUACACCACAUCCCAAACCAGCUCCGAUGGAACCCGUUUGAUCUGGAUGAAAAAGUCGACUGGGUGCAUGGCCUGCACCUGGUGGCUGGCGCCGGCGACCCUACCGUCAAGAGCGGGCUGGGUAUCUUGCUGUAUGCCGCUGGCAAGGAUAUGGGCAAAGAAGCUUUUUACUCGGCAGAUGGGGAUUUCCUCAUUGUGCCCCAGCAUGGAGUGCUCGAUAUCCAGACCGAGCUGGGCAAGAUUCUGGUCCGGCCAAACGAGAUUUGUGUUAUUCCCCGGGGUAUCAAAUAUCGCGUCACUCUCCCGUCCGGCCCUGUGCGAGGAUACAUCUGCGAGCUGUACCAGGGCCAUUACCAGCUCCCAGAACUGGGCCCCAUCGGCUCCAACGGCCUCGCCAACGCGCGCGACUUUCAAACACCAGUAGCUUCAUUCGACGACGACGAUGAUGCAAGCAAUUCGAAAUACCACGUCAUCAGCAAGUUCAACAACAACCUCUUCUCGGCAAAGCAGAACCACACGCCCUUUGACGUGGUCUCCUGGCACGGCAACUACUAUCCAUUCAAGUACGACCUCGGCCGGUUCAAUGUUAUUGGGACUACCUCGUUUGACCACCCAGACCCUUCAAUCUUUACUGUUUUGACGGGCCCUUCGGACCACCCCGGUACGGCCAUUGCAGACUUUGUCAUUUUCCCGCCGCGCUGGCUUGUGGCUGAGGAUACCUUCCGGCCGCCGUGGUACCAUCGCAAUACUAUGUCUGAGUUUAUGGGUCUGAUCUCUGGAGAUUAUGAUGCCAAAGUCGGCGGCGGGUUCCGGCCUGCUGGUGCCAGUCUGCACAAUAUCAUGAGCGCGCAUGGCCCGGAUUCUGGGGCGCAUGAGAAGGCGAGCAAUGCUGAUCUCAAGCCGCAAAAGGUCGGCGAGGGGAGCAUGGCAUUUAUGUUUGAAAGUUCUCUGAUGGUCGGAGUGUCUGAAUGGGGACUGAAAACGUGCCAGAAAGUGCAGGAGGACUACAACGCAGAGAGCUGGGAGCCGUUGAAGCGGCAUUUUGUGAAUCCACACAAGUCUGCAUAA